CUGACUCAACAAAAUCACGAUAUAUAUUGGCAUCUAUUGACCGCCAUGCACUACCAUCAAAUAUGCUUGUCAUAAGUUGUUCGGGGUCUCUUGCCAUCGAUGUGGGUAUUGGAGCGGUGGUCAUUAUGGAGUCACUGUCAGAUUUUCGUCUCCAGAGUUGUAUCAUCUCUACGAAUCUUGGGUCUCGAAGGAAGCUUUGGAUCAUUACUGAGGGCGGGGUGAAGGCAACAACCUUACACGGCAUCUUCAGUUUUCCUUUGCGCGUGAAUAGAGGGGCACCGCAUCGGUGGUCCAUCGGUCGUAGGGGGUCGGUCUGGUGACCACCUGAGUUCUGGUAACUUGGGAGUUCUUUGAGUGGAAGAAGCCAACAACACUUCUCAUCGUUACAGACCGCGUAUCUUUUGAUAACAUCAUCCGGAGAGAUCCCUAAGCGAGCAUAGGCUUCGAUGGGGUCGGUAGUCACAGGGGGGGAGGUACCACCAUGAGCUUGGCGCAUGAAGUUAGCACAGGAAAGACCAAUACUGACUUGGUCGAACGAGCCGCCUCCGACAGACAGGACCGCGGCUUGGAUAUAAGCGAUGCGUUCUGCUGCACUCAAAUCUUGGUGUACAAACCUGUGGAUGAAAGGGGGCAUGAUAUUGAGUUCGUCGAGUAGUCGAAGGGAAGGUCGUACAUGAUGGGGGAUAGUCGCGUAAAUGUGGUUUGCGGGUUGAAUGUCGGCGAACAUAUCGUUCGUGUCAUCUUCAUCUCCGCUUGAAUCUUC